CGCAUCCGGAUUCAAAACAACCCUCAGUCAGGCACCGAUACCAGGGAAAGCGCUGGAAGUCACACUUUCAUAAUGUUUCACAAUCGUCCCUGUGGAUGUAAAGGCCAGCGUACCUGUCUUAAAUGUGAACAAAGUUAUGAGGACGUGGCGAGUAAAGCAAAAUCUUGGGUGACAGAUGAAGAGAAGGAAAAGUCCUAUGUAUAUUGUCCAGAGUGUGAUCUUGCCUGGCCAGGUUGGGAAGCAGACAGUUGGAAAGUCCACCCAGACCAUGCUGGUGACUCAAUCAAAUUUCCAGGUGUAAAAGUAAUCCAGAAUUUUAUAACUGAAGAUGAAGAAGAAGAGCUUAUGAGACAUCUUGAUGAAGUACCUUGGGACCUCUCUCAGAGUGGCAGAAGGAAGCAGAAUUAUGGACCAAAGUGCAACUUCAAGAAACGUCGUGCAAAGGUAGAAAACUUUUCUGGUUAUCCAGCCUUCACAAAAUUCAUUCAAGAUCGUUUUGAUUCUGUUGACAUCUUAAAGAAUUUUCAGACUGUUGAGCAGUGUUCACUGGAUUAUCCUGUUGAAACUGGAGCAUCAAUUGACCCUCAUAUUGAUGACUGUUGGAUUUGGGGGGAACGUAUCCCUACACUGAGUUUACUGGUUGACUCAGUACUUACACUACGAAAGUACAGAGGACCUGAGACUAAAUACAACUUAAUGGAUACUUAUAAAUAUCCUGCUGUUAUGAAAGAAAAUGAAGUGAAAAAUGAAGAGGUACUUAUACAAGAAAUCCAUCAGCUUUGUCAAAAUAAGGCUGUUACAAGGAGUGAAGAAAAUGCCAAAGAAGCAGAGGCCUCCCCGGAAUUAGAAUCGGGUCCAAAUAUAGUACGACUGCCAAUGCCUCAGCGUUCUCUCAUCAUUUUCUUUGGUCCCCCACGCUACAAAUGGGAACAUGGCAUUCUUCGAGACGAUAUUCCUUCACGUAGAGUUUGUAUAACAUAUAGAGAGCUUACACCUCCAUAUCUCCCAUUUGGGUCUGAGUCAGAAACUGGAGCUGAAAUACUAAAAGCGAGUAAAAAUUUCUGGAAUCAUUAUCAGUAUUAUGGUAUCACCUGUUCAAGCUGAUAUUUGAGGUAUGCAGCCCCUCAAAAUGUGAUACUCUUAAUUGCUGUAACAAAAAAAAAGAAAAAAAGUUGAAUCUAUUGAAU